AUGGAAGCGGAUGAGGAGCUUGCGUGCCCCGUUGCGAUGGGCAAUCCCGACCCGCAAGUGGUGGAGAGGGUUACGAGGAGGGAGAGGGAGAGGGCAUCGAGAAGAAAGGCUAAAGAUAAUGGAAGAUUAUGCUUUUUACUGGGUAAAGAGCUUCCUUCAUCGCGACUGGAGAACCGGCAAUGGUGUUCGUGCGGAUCGUGUGUGACAUUCACCACGAUCCGCGAAAACGUAUGCUGCCGUGAAGCUUUGGAGGAAGGCAGAGGCAACGAAGCCUUGAAAGGGUUGAGAGAGAAGCUGAAGGAGAGUGGGCAAUGCAUUGUCCACCACCCUUCAUUCUACAAAGUAGCACAAGACCCUGAGGUGCCUGAGAUAUUGUGCCUACCGAGCUUUUGUAGCCUGGUGUUACGGGCACUUAGGCUUCAGCAAACGAUACGAACUUCCGGCGUCGUACCUGAGAACUAUGAAAGCAGGAUGAUGAGCUUGCGUGCCCCGUUGCGAUGGGCAAUCCCGACCCGCAAGUGGUGGAGAGGGUUACGAGGAGGGAGGGAGAGGGCAUCGAGAAGAAAGGCUAAAGAUAAUGGAAGAUUAUGCUUUUUACUGGGUAAAGAGCUUCCUUCAUCGCGACUGGAGAACCGGCAAUGGUGUUCGUGCGGAUCGUGUGUGACAUUCACCACGAUCCGCGAAAACGUAUGCUGCCGUGAAGCUUUGGAGGAAGGCAGAGGCAACGAAGCCUUGAAAGGGUUGAGAGAGAAGCUGAAGGAGAGUGGGCAAUGCAUUGUCCACCACCCUUCAUUCUACAAAGUAGCACAAGACCCUGAGGUAACGUUUCAGUUCUUCCGGUGCCUGAGAUAUUGUGCCUACCGAGCUUUUGUAGCCUGGUGUUACGGGCACUUAGGCUUCAGCAAACGAUACGAACUUCCGGCGUGCGCCAGAGGAGCCAUUAUUAAAACUUUCCCUUCAAGUAGUGGAGUAUACGUAGGGUUCAAGGUAGUGUUUACUUGUUCCUCAUAG